GAAAACAUGAGGACAGCGGACAGUUUGAAUUACAUUUAUAUUUAAAAAACUUAAACUAUCUCCAUCUUAACUGGAGUUCCCCUCCUCUGUUUGUCCCCCCUUACUGAGGGCAGGGAUAUUCAUCAUCUUGGACAACAAGGAGGAGAAAAAGGGGGGAUCUCUUUGUGAAUCCUAUUUCACCGGGAUAAAAGCCCGGCCGCAGAGUGGAGUGCUGGUUUGACCUUUACCCUUAGUAGGAAGAAAGGAAAAGCCACUUCAGAGAUGGAGCAGGUGUCGGACGAUGAGCUGGACCAUGGAGCAGAGGAGGACAGCGACAAGGAGGACCAGGACCUGGACAAGAUGUUUGGGGCCUGGCUUGGCGAGCUAGACAAGCUCACACAGAGUUUGGAUGAUGGCAGGCCACAAAAAGCACUGCAGAAACCGCCCCUCAGGCAGGAGACGAAUAUGGCCAACUUCUCUUACCGCUUCUCUGUUUACAACAUAAACGAGGCUCUGAAUCAGGGAGACGCUGUGGACCUGGAUGCUCUCAUGGCUGACCUCUGCUCCAUCGAGCAGGAGCUCAGCACCAUCUCCAAGCCAAACUCAUCAUCCCGCAGCCAGAGCAAAGGAGGACAGAGGGGCCCCGGGGGCCGCAGUGCCAGCACCAAGCACACUGGCACCAGUGGAGGAGGAAGCAGUGGAGGAAGUACCAGCAGCAGUGCCAGAGCCUCGCCAGCCAACACGGUUCGUGGCGGCAGCGUUAACUCUCGACCCGGCGCUUCCAACAUCUCCCUGGACGACAUCACCUCCCAGCUGGAAAAGGCCUCCCUCAGCAUGGACGAAGCUGCGCGUCAGACUUCUUCUUCGUCGUCGUCUUCCUCAUCUUCAGUUUCCUCCGCAGCUCUGCGGCGUCCGUCGUCCGGAUCGUCCGGCGGCGGGCAGCACCGCAGGACUGGGUCGGUGGGCACGAUCAGCGAGCAGGAGGCCAAGUCGCAGCGAUCAAGCGUGAAUUCGGCGUGCGCCUCUGCUUCCAGCAUGGACUCCCUGGACACGGAUAAAGUGACGGCGGGCGUGGAAGCGGAGGAGCAGGGCAGUCCGAGCUCACAGGGCCAGAACCAAACCAGCACAGAGCAUGUCAAACUGCGACGGGCCAACAGUCGUCCGGCCAGACGGCAGCUUGACUUCACCUCAGGCGAGGGGGAGGUGGACCGGGCCACUCAUUCCUAUCUGGACCGAGAAACCUCACUCAUUCUGAAAAGCAUAGCUGGGAAGCCCUCUCACCUCCUGACCAAGGAGGAGCAAGCUGCCAAGAUCAAGGCGGAGAAGAUCCGUGUCGCUCUGGAGAAAAUCAAGGAGGCUCAGGUCAAAAAGCUGGUGAUUAGAGUACAUAUGUCGGACGAGAGCUCGAAAACCAUGAUGGUGGAUGAGCGGCAGUCGGUCAGACAGGUGCUGGACAGCCUGUUGGACAAGUCGCACUGCGGCUACAGUCCCGACUGGUCCCUUGUGGAGACCAUCACUGAGCUACAGAUGGAGCGGAUAUUUGAGGAUCACGAGAACUUGGUGGAGAACCUGCUAAACUGGACCAGAGACAGCCACAACAAGCUGAUGUUCAUCGAGCGCAUCGAGAAGUACGCUCUCUUCAAGAACCCGCAGAACUAUUUGCUAGGGCGGAAGGAGACCUCGGAGAUGGCUGACAGGAAUAAAGAAGCUCUACUAGAGGAAUGUUUCUGUGGUGGAUCUGUGUCUGUGCCAGAGAUCGAGGGGAUUCUGUGGCUCAAGGAGGAUGGAAAGAAGUCGUGGAAGAAGCGUUACUUCCUCCUCAGGGCUUCAGGGAUCUAUUAUGUCCCAAAGGGCAAAGCUAAGGCGUCCAGAGAUCUCGUAUGCUUCCUGCAGUUGGACCAUGUUAAUGUGUAUUACGGGCAGGACUACCGCAGCAAAUACAAGGCUCCCACUGAUUACUGCCUGGCUCUGAAGCAUCCACAAAUCCAGAAGAAAUCCCAGUAUAUAAAGUACCUGUGCUGUGAUGAUGUCAGGACGCUGCACCAGUGGGUGAACGGCAUUCGCAUCGCCAAGUAUGGCAAGCAGUUAUAUGUGAACUACCAGGAAGCAAUGAAGAGGACAGAGGCGGCGUAUGAUUGGUCGUCUCUAUCUACCUCUAGCAUUCGAUCGGGCUCCAGUUCAGCCAGCAUACCUGAGUCGCAGUCCAAUCAUUCGGGUCAUUCAGACAGUGGAGUGGACACAGCCUCCUCUCAUGGCCGGUCCCAGAGCGUGGUGAGCUCCAUUUUCUCUGAAGCCUGGAAGAGGGGAACCCAGAUGCAGGAGAACUCAAAAAUGAGACAUGAGGCAUCGCGUGGAUCCACGCAUUCCUCCCACAGCCACCGGCAUCACAGCCAGCAUUCAGUGGACCACCCAAUCCUCACCCCUCAUCCGCAGCCGGAUCCGCCUCAGCCUAAGCAGUCAUCGGUGCAACAACCGCAGCAUCAGCCUCCGUCUCCCCCACAGAUGCUGCCCCCUCCUCCCUCAGAAAUGCCUCAGCCGCCGCCUCAGGUGCCGCCUCAGCCGCCACCUCAGCCGCCAAAGUCUCCAGAGCCACAGCCCAGCAGCAGCUACGACCACAUGCCCCCACAGCAGCAGCCGCAAGAACCAACCGCUGCCCCAAAUCCCCCUCCGCCACCACCGCCGCCGCCUCCUCCUCCUCCACCCCUUCCUCCAGUCCAAAUGGUGUCUCACCACUCGCUGGCGCCCACAAUGUACAAGUUCAGCACCAUCACCAGGCUGCAGAACCAGAAGGGUUCCCACAAGUUACCCGCUCACCUCCACGCCACAGCGCAGCAAGUUCUGCCCCCACCUCCGACGCCGCCAGCCGCACCGGUUUUAAAGCCUAACGUGAAUCACAUAGCUGCUAGGACCAAUGUCCCUCCUCCUCCUCCCCCUCCUCCUCCCCCUCCACCCUCCAUGCCAACCCCAGGGUCCGCCAUGGCUGUUCUGAGGUUUGGCCCUCCAAGCCCGGCCGCCCCUCCUUCCUUCAUCCCUCCACCUCCUGCUCCACACAGCAACGGUGUAGCAUUCCCUCCUCCUCCGCCUCCUCCGCCCGCGCCCCCUGCCUCCAUGAAACAGACUGUUUACUCCAACGGGCUCAAGCAGGCCUUCAAGGAGCGCUUCCCCAGUCCGCCAAGAGAACUCCUAUCUCAGAAUGGAGAUCUCGAGGACUCCCCGCCGCCUGCUCCAGCUCCGCCCCCACCUCCUCCGCCGCCUCUGCCACCACCACCUCCUCCUCCCCCUCCUCCCCAGCAGUUCCCAAUACCAGCCCAGUUCCCUCCUCCUCCUGGACCCCCACCUGCGCCACCCAAAACCUUCACCCCUGGCUUCAUGCCUCACUAUGCACCCAAGCCGAUGUCUCCGGUCUCACCCUUCCCUCCUGCGCCUACUCCACCACCGCCACCCCCUCCUCCACCACCUCCUCCUGCGCCGGCUCAAUUAAAGAAGCAGCUCAGCCUCCAGCAGGGCCACACACCCAGCCAUCCUCCACCUACCCUGCCUAAGCAGCACAGCCUUUCUAAGGCAACUGGCAUUUCCACAGGAGCCGCACCGACCGUGUCUUUGGUAAAGCAGCUCGCUAGUCAGUUUCCAGGGGCGCCGUCUCAAGUCGCUAAUCACGCCGAGUGCCCUAAAGCUCCCCUCUCCCCUCCUGCUGUAAAAACGAAACCAAAAUGGCAGCUUGGCGGUUCCCAGCAGCCUCAGUCUCCAGAGUUCCCGCCUCCUCCAGCAGAAAGCAACAAUGGCUUCCCUGCACCGCCUCCACCCCCACCGCCUCCCCCAGCACCCACCACUGGCCCGACGCCACCUCCGCCUCCACUUCCUUCAGGAAACAUGGGUUCUCCGUUAAGGAGAUCCCCCUCCGGAUCCUCGAAUUUUGGUGGGAAGAAACCUCCUCCGACCCCUCAGAGGAACUCAAGCAUCAAGUCCAACUCAUCUGCCUCCUACGAGGAAUCCAGGAGGAACUUGCUAAGCAAGUUUGCUCCCCAGAGCAAUGCCGCCACCUCAUCCCAAUGUCCCAUCUCCUCCUCCAAUGGAUCUCCUUCAAAGGACUCUUCCAAUGGGCCACCUGCGCCUCCUAAACCAGGAAAGCUCAACCUGUCUAACUUGCCGUUGGGGCUGCAGGCCAAACAGGCCGGCGGCGACUUUCCAUCUCCUCCACCCGAGUGCGCCAGCUUUCCACCACCUCCCCCGGUCUCUGAGCUCUUCCCUCCUCCCCCACCUCCAGAAAAUGACACUCAUAGCGGAGGUGUCCCAAGGGUAGCCGUGGUAAACCCUCAACCCCAAGCCCCGCCUCCACCACCGCCCGUCUCCCUUGUUAGCAACUCCAUUUGGGCGAAGAACUCCCUGAAAAAGACUCCACCGCCCGCUUUAGGGCGACGAAGCAACGCCACCCCAGAGCCCCCUCCAAAAUCACCCCCUCCACCCACGUCCCCAAAAGGUAGCUCAGGUCAGCCUAACUUCCUGGAGGAUCUGAGCUUGACAUUAAAGCGAAAGUCGGUGGGUCGCCAAGGUCCGGGCCUCCCCGGCAAGCAAGACCUAGCGGGGACUAUGGACGACAUGGCACUGCCUCCACCGCCUCCAGAGCUACUCCUGGACCAGGGGAAGCAGAGCAACGGUGGAAACGGCGGCUAUAUGUCCGGAAACAUCUCAGGCUAUGCAACGCUGCGAAGGGGACCGCCACCUGCACCGCCCAAACGAGGGGAUGGGACCAAACUUACCGGAUAACGUGGAAGUCUGAGAUCAGGACGUGACGCAGCUGACUGAACAGACAUUAUUAGCUAAACGGAUACGAGAUCCUGAGCUGAUGAAAUUCACCUGAUCAUUACGUGACCUUGUAUAUAAAAAAAACCCAAAUCCAACCACCAAUUCCAAACA